CCGGAAAACAGAACCCUAACGCAGAAUAGGAGUGAUAAAAGCUAGUAAAUGAAACCCUGAAGAGAGAGAGAGAGAGAGAGAGAGAGUACGAGAAUGGCGAUUUCAGGAGAUCUGAGGGUGUGCGCAACAUUGGGCUCUUACCCUACGCACCCUCUUCGAAGCGCUUUGGCCCCUUCAAAGGUAGACUUUUCUGGUUUCCUUCGUGGAGCAUCCGGUGUCUCUGAUAUCACACCAAAAUGUUCCCAUGUGGUACUUGAUAGCCAUAGCAUGCGCUGUAAUUCUAAACGACCUUUUGGGAUCACUGGCGAGUAUAAGCUGUCCCCCAAUUCCGUUAGCCCAGAAACGGAAAGCUUUCUCCUUAAUGUCGUAAGCAUGAGUUUCUUUGAACGCUUAAACUUGGCCUGGAAAAUAAUGUUCCCAACACCAACAUCUAGAAGGAAGUCUAAUGCAAAUGUUGCCAAGCAACGAUUGAAGAUGAUUCUCUUCUCUGACCGGUGUGCAGUUAGUGAGGAAGCAAAGCAGAAGAUAGUGAGCAACAUUGUGAAUGUUCUAUCAGAUUUUGUGGAGAUAGAGUCACAAGAUAAAGUUCAGCUUAGUGUCUCUACUGAAUCAGACGUUGGAACUAUUUAUUCUGUCUCAGUUCCCGUCCGGCGGGUAAAACCAGAGUAUCAAGGUGAUGAUGAGAUUGGAUCCAUAACGAAUAUAGAGUACAAAGAUAGUGGUGAAACGUCUGGUUCUGUUGAUGUCAAGUUUGAUUUCUAUGUUCCGGAUUAAAAUUUCAGUGAUUUUGAUGUGCGAAAUAUGGUGAUGCCUGAUCCUCAUCUGGAAAAGCAUGAAAUUACUUAUUGUGUUGGACAGAUAUUCAGGCUUUUAGCCAUUCUGGCAAAGUACUAGGGUUGUAUAUGUUUUUGCUGUUAGGUGAUUGAUGAAUUUGCUAGCACUGACAUUUACUCAAAAUGGUGAUUAUAUCGACAUAUAUGAUGCUUAGAUAA